UAGAAAAAAAAGGAGAGGUGGCUGUUUUGUUGUUGUUAUCAUUCACAUUCACCUCAUUGUUAUCAAAAAUCUAAACUUUUGUUUUGUUUGGCCAAAAGGGGGGAGAAAAAUUGUGUUGGGUUCUUGUAAGAGGACGGAAAGCAAGAAUCUUGGGUCGUUUUUGGUUAACACAAAAGUACAGGCUGGUAGAGUGAAAGUGCACCAUCAUUGUGGCUGGCAAAAGGUGCCUUGAUAAUAAAGUGAAAGGUGCUGACUGCCAGAGGAGAACCAGAAUUUGGAUUUUCAGGUUCAACCUUUAAGUUCUUACUCUUGAAAGUUACAAGUAACAUUUGGAGGGAAACAUGGCUAGCAGUGAAGAUAUUGUUCUGUCAGCUGUGCUCAAUCUUCUAUCUGCAUUUGCAUUUCUAGUGGCCUUUGCUAUUCUACGACUCCAACCAAUCAACGACAGAGUGUACUUUUCAAAAUGGUAUCUGAAGGGUAUACGAGCAAGUCCAAGAAGUUCUGGAACAUUUGUGAAAAUUUUUGUCAACUUGGACUGCAGAACAUACAUAAGGUUCUUGAAUUGGAUGCCUGCAGCUCUAAGAAUGCCAGAACCAGAGCUUAUCGAUCAUGCUGGUCUUGAUUCUGCCGUGUAUAUACGGAUAUACCUUCUUGGCUUGAAAAUCUUCGUUCCUCUCGCACUACUUUCUUUUGCGGUUUUAGUGCCCGUCAAUUGGUCUGGGAAAUCAUUAGAGCAAACUGAGGGUCUAACAUUCAGCACUAUUGAUAAACUUUCGAUAUCCAAUGUGCCGGAUGCAUCAAAGAAGUUUUGGGCACACCUGGUAAUGGCUUACGUAGUCACAUUUUGGACCUGCUAUAUACUUUACAAAGAAUAUCAUAUAAUAACAACCAUGAGGCUUCAGUUUCUGGCCUCUGAAAAUCGUCGGCCUGAUCAGUUCACUGUCCUUGUGAGAAAUGUCCCUCCAGAUCCAGAUGAAUCAGUGAGCGAGCAUGUCGAACAUUUCUUUUGCGUGAAUCAUCCAGAUCAUUAUCUAACACACCAGGUUGUUUACAAUGCAAAUAAUUUAGCUAAAUUGGUGGAAAAGAAGAAGAGCUACAAAAAUUGGCUCACAUACUACCAAACUAAGUAUGAGAGGAACCCUAAGAUUAAGCCAAAAACAAAGACAGGGGUUUGGGGCCUUUGGGGAAAAACUGUGGAUGCCAUCGACUAUUAUACCACAGAAAUUGAGAAGUUGAGUAAAGAAGAAACUAUAGAAAGAGAAAAGGUAAUGAGUGAUCCCAAAGCAAUAGUUCCUGCGGCAUUCGUUUCAUUCAAAUCUCGUUGGGGAGCAGCUGUCUGUGCUCAAACACAACAAUCAAGUAACCCAACCAUUUGGUUGACACAAUGGGCUCCCGAACCACGCGACGUCUAUUGGAAUAAUCUUUCAAUACCAUUUGUUGAACUCAAUGUCCGCAAACUGCUAAUGACUGUUGCUUUCUUCUUUCUUACAUUCUUUUUUAUGAUCCCUAUUGCAUUUGUUCAAUCUUUGGCAAGCAUUGAUGGUAUAGAGAAUAAACUUCCCGUCUUAAGGCCAUUGAUACAAAUGGAAGUUGUCAAAUCCUUUAUCCAAGGUGUUCUUCCUGGGAUUAUAUUGAAGAUCUUUCUGGUUCUUCUUCCUAUGAUUCUAAUGGCCAUGUCAAAAAUAGAAGGCUAUACAUCACUUUCAUCUUUGGACAGAAGAUCAGCAACUAAAUAUCAUUUUUUUAUCCUUGUCAACGUGUUCUUGGGAAGUAUCAUCACUGGAGCAGCCUUUGAGCAGCUUCAGAGAUUCGUGGAUGAGCCUCCAUCGGAAAUUCCAAAAACAGUUGGUGUAGCUAUGCCAUUGAAGGCUACUUUCUUCAUUACCUACAUAAUGGUUGAUGGUUGGGCUGGAAUUGCUGCAGAGAUUCUUAGAUUGGUUCCUUUCGUUAUGUUUCAUCUUAAGAAUACUUUCCUGGUAAAGACAGAUCAGGAUAGAGAGCAGGCUACAGAUCCCGGUUCGUUAAAUUUCUCUGUAUCAGAACCUCGCAUACAACUGUACUUCCUACUAGGCCUUGUGUACUCAGUGGUCACACCUAUACUCCUGCCUUUCAUCAUUGUCUUCUUCGCGUUCUCUUAUAUGGUUUUUCGCCAUCAGAUCAUUAAUGUGUACGAUCAGAAGUAUGAGAGCGGCGCAUCAUUUUGGCCAGAUGUGCAUCGUCGUAUACUUACAGGUUUGGUGAUAUCCCAGCUUCUAUUGCUGGGUUUGUUGAGCACCAAAAAUAUUUCCAAAUCAACACCUGUAAUGAUUGCACUUCCAGUUUUGACAAUCUGGUUCCAUAUAUUUUGCAAGGGCCGAUAUGAGUCGGCAUUUGUGAAAUUCCCCUUGCAGGAUGCAAUGGUGAAGGAUACACUAGAACGGGCGACAGAACCAACUCUUAAUCUUAAAGCAUAUCUCAAGGAUGCUUAUGUCCACCCAGUUUUUAAAGGUGUGGAGUUGGACAGACCGUCAGCAGUUGACGAUGAGGAGAAUAAUCCACUUGUUCCUACGAAGAGAUCACGUAGGAGUAGUAAGUCUCAUUCUGAAGAAGGCGUUUGAGACACAGGAUGUAGAGUCAGUUUUGUCACCCAAAGGGAGAUAGAAAGAACUUAAAAGGAAGUGGUUACUAUUCUUUAUUCUGUUCUCCCC